CGUGGAGGGCGGUGUCGCCGCCGCAGCCCGCCUUCGGGCCUUUCGUCCCGGAGCCGGCGGCCUGCAGUGCGGGGGGAGGGCUCCAGGAGUGCCGGGGGCUGCCAGGCCGCUCUGCCUGCCAGGCGCUGCCGCGGAACCCGGCCUGACGUUGGGCUUCCCGCGGUGCUGUCAAAAAGCCCCAGUUGCAGCUUAUUCAAACAUCCGGAUCUCUUUAGAUACAGCUUGGUCGGCCGGAACUGCUCUUGGCUAGAAACUAUGAAGAAACAUUUUGCGUAAAACUUUUACAUGACUGAGGCCAUGGCAUCUUCAACAAACUUAGACGUUGGGGCCCAGUUAAUUGUGGAAGAAUGUACCACUAGCUACAGCCUUCCGCCCAUGCCGGACAUUAAAGUGGAGCAUCAGCUUGACUCUAGCACAGAGGAGGGCCCAGCUCAGAGUGUCGCCAUGGGAAUGAAAUUCAUUUUGCCCAAUAGAUUUGAUAUGAAUGUCUGCUCGCGAUUUGUGAAAUCUUUGAAUGAGGAGGACAGUAAAAAUAUUCAAGACCAAGUUAACUCUGACCUUGAAGUGGCAUCUGUCUUAUUUAAAGCUGAAUGCAACAUCCACACUUCUCCUUCCCCUGGUAUCCAAGUAAGACAUGUUUAUACUCCGUCAACUACUAAGCAUUUCUCACCAAUAAAACAAUCAACUACCCUAACUAACAAACACAGGGGAAACGAAGUGUCUACAACACCUCUGCUUGUAAACUCUUUAUCAGUUCAUCAGCUGGCUGCUCAGGGAGAAAUGUUAUAUCUGGCCACACGUAUUGAACAAGAAAAUGUAAUCAAUCAUAAGGAUGAAGAAGGAUUUACCCCUCUGAUGUGGGCUGCAGCUCAUGGGCAGAUAGCAGUAGUGGAAUUUCUCCUCCAGAAUGGUGCAGAUCCUCAGAUUUUGGGGAAAGGGCGAGAAAGUGCCCUCUCACUAGCUUGCAGUAAAGGAUACACAGAUAUUGUCAAAAUGCUGCUUGACUGUGGAGUUGAUGUCAAUGAGUAUGACUGGAAUGGAGGCACACCUCUACUAUAUGCAGUACAUGGGAACCAUGUGAAAUGUGUAAAAAUUCUCCUUGAAAGUGGUGCUGAUCCAACUAUCGAAACAGAUGCUGGCUAUAAUUCCAUGGAUUUGGCUGUAGCCUUGGGCUAUCGGAGUGUUCAACAGGUUAUUGAGUCUCAUUUAUUAAGGCUACUUCAAAAUAUCAAGGAAUAAUGGUUGGCUCUUCUGCACGUGUCAGUUCUUGGCUUGGAGAUUUGAACUGCUUUUUAGCCCUGUAAUUGGUGACAAGGGUUGGUUGUUUUGUAACUUUACCUCAGUUCAAACAUUUGCUGGUUUUAGUUAAGCUCUUUAAUAUUCUUCUUCUUUCAUUGUUGUUCAUAGAAAUAUGUGAUGUCACCCUUUUCUUGAAUAUAUUUUAUAUAAUUGUAGAAGAAAAGGUCAGUUGUUGUGCAUGAAAAACUUUGUAAAUAAAACCAGUUUUGACCAUCUAAAUGUUUACACUGAGUGCAGUGGGUGGCACUGUGCCAAGCAUCCUACUUCAUCACAUCACUGAUACAUAUUCACAGGAAGAAAUUUGUUUAGAUAUUGAGGUAUAUCACUAUAGAUGUCUUUACUGUUAAUAAUACCAAAAUGUGCACCAUGUGUGAUUGUUUUCAAGAUCCCCCAUUAAUAUUACUGUGUUAGCUUUUGGCUCUGUCUGAUUUUUAAGAAGUUGGUAAUAAAUUGAAGGACUUUGAUGAUGGUAGUUUAAUUCAUACCUCAUUUCUUUCCACCUCCCUCUGCCUUCCUCUUGUAGUCCUGAAACAACUAGGCCAGAGCAUCCUAGGUAGAAAU